AUGAGUGUUUUAGAGUUGCAAGCUGGGGGUCUCAAAAAUAUUGGCUGUUUACGGCGAGAUAUUUAUAAUUCUCAAAGGGAUAUGAGGAAAUAUGUAAAUGGACAUGGCGCCAACAUGUUGAAAGAGCUUUUUGAGACUGAAAAAGAAAAGAAUCAAGGUUUUACAUAUACAAUCGAGGAAGAUGAUGAGCACAGGCUAACCCAUUGUUUUUGGGCCGAUGCGACCUCUAGGAAGUCAUAUCAGUAUUUCGGUGACGUGGUGGUAUUCAAUACUACAUACAACACAAACAAAUAUUGCUUGAUGUUUGCACCUUUAUUAGGGGUUAACCACCACGGGCAGACAACGCUUUUUGGGUAUGCCUUCUUAAGUGACGAAAAAAGUGAAUCUUUUAAGUGGCUUUUCAAGGAAUUUUUGAAAGCGAUGCCUGGACCACCACCCAAAAUGAUCAUAACUGAUCAAGAUCCGGCAAUGACAAGAGCAAUUGCUUGUGCUCUUCCCAAUACGUUUCAUAGAUAUUGUAUUUGGCACAUUGUUAGUAAAUUUUCUAAGAAAAUAGGUGCAUUGGCAUACAAAGAACAUUAUGAAGAGUUCAAGAAAUGUAUUUGGAAUUCCGAGAGCCCUGAAGAGUUUGACGCAAUAUGGGCAUAUAUUGUAGGAAAAUCGAACUUGUCCACCCAUCAAUGGUUGCAGUCCAUGUACGAAAUUUGUGGCAGAUGGGUUCCUGCAUAUACGAGACACAUUUUCUCUACCCACAUGACAAGUAGUCAAAGGGCUGAAAUUUCUCAUGCAUUCUUCAAGAGGUAUUUGUCUGACAAUAAUUCAAUGUAUGAAUUUGUGACACGGUUUGAAAGGGCACUUGCACGUCUACGACAUAAUGAAUUAGAUUUGGACCACAAAGAUAUGAAUGAGAAGCCAAUCCUGAAAACCUCAUGGUCGAUGGAAAAGAAAAUGAGUGAGUUAUACACACUCCAUUCAUUUAAGAAAUUUCAGGAGGAAAUAUUUCAAGUUGGUGCAUAUGUUCUUACGAUACUACAUGAGGAUGAAUGUCGCUCUGUGUGGAAGGUUCAUAGGGAAGAAAUGGAAGGUUCGAGAGGUCGUGAGGUGUUGGUAGACAAGUCAUCGAACUGUGUGAGUUGUAGUCGUCAGAUGUUUGAAUUCGACGGAAUUCCAUGUCGGCACUUGUUGGUGUACUUGUCUUUAAUGCAGAUUAGAGAACUCCCUAGCACAUAUAUUUUGCAAAGGUGGACUAAAACUGCAAAAGCAGGCAGAGUUUUUGAUGACUUGGGCAGUCAUCAAAAAGAAAUAUGUGGCAGUUCACUUUUGGUGAGGCGACAGGGUAUCUUUCAAUUUGCUUGUACAGUUCUUGAUGACGCUGUAUUAGAUGAAGAAGGAACUGAAAUUGUGCGAGAAGCGUUGCUAUCUAGUCAAAAGAAGAUUGCAUUCAUGAGGGAUUCUCGUCAAGAUGGUUCAACGAGUUCUACCCAAUUGCCUAUUUCUCUCAGAAGCCAACAUGGUUUGAAAGAACCACUAAAAGUUAGGGCAAAGGGUUGUGGUAAGCGUUUGAAAGGAGGAAAAGAGAAGGCCGUCAAGAAAAGUAGGAAAUGUCAUGGCUGUGGGUUAUUGGGGCAGUCUUCACAAGAUGCUAGGUUGUAUGACGACGACGAGGACGACUUUGCCGAUGAAUGUCCCAUCUCUGGGAAUGCCCUGAAGGAGGACAUUAGCAUUAGAUUUUACUGUCUAAAGGUGUUUUUGAGGAUGUUGUCUGCUAUUGGAUCUGUUUUCUUGUUGCUGUUGCUGCUGUUGGUUGUCAUGCUUUUACUGACGUGGUUCUGGUUGUUUCACUCUCCAUUCUGGUCUAAUUUUGGAACUGUACUGUAUAACUCUUACUCUAGGAUCGGGUUAUGGCUUAGUUUCGGAAUUGUUGGGGAUGUAAAAUGGGGGUGGUUGGAUCAGAUUGUUAGGGUAAUUCCUGAUUUUUCAUUGACACCUUCCUCAAACCCAACUGGACACAAUGGUCAGAAGGCAACUUUUGAGCCAAGAUAG